AUGAGUCAGCGAUCGCUCUACACUAUCCACACAGAUGCCGGCAAAACCACUUUCGAGCAUGAGUCAGAAGCUCUCUUCAAAAAUGUCGAUUGGACUGUUUGGAAAUCUUUGCAACCAGGCACAGGGCAGACUGGUGACUCGAUCCUUGGCAAGGCGACAGAGAUUUUGAGCAGUGAAUCCGAGCAGAACCUGGACGCAUCGACUAUUCUGUCUUCUAUGGUCGGGUCGAAUCUUGAAUGCAAUGGCAAUGCUAUCGAGCAAGCACAUAUUCGGGUUGCGAAAGCAGUUUCUGAUCUGCUCAAGAAUAUGCAGAUGGAGAUCGUCGGAAAAGCUAGCACGAUGUUUGAACUUGAGUUGGUAGCUCAAGUCUGUCGGGACUUGAGCAAGAAGCCCGGAUGGGGCAAGCGUGAAGUGGUUGGGAAGAAAGGGGCAUUGAGGGCAGGCGCUUGGAACGGAUGGCGCCCUUCGGAGCUUUUCCUAACGAUACAGAACGCCAUUCCGACGACCGGCGAGUUUCCGGAGACUGGGUUUGAGAUGAACACCUUCAACCGUAUCUGGCAGAGAAAGUUUGAAGGAAAGCUAGAGCAUGGAGCGGUCUAUCACAUCAGUUCAGACGUCUCAGAAAAGCUCGAACGGGGAGACCGCAUGGCGACCUACCAACAGCUCACCAAACCAGAUUGGACCUUGCUGGUUGAGCUAGCUCGCGAAUGGCUCAGUUGGUACAACUCGAUCAGUUAUCAGAUCCGGGAGUUUAUUCAGAACUCCAUGUAA